CAACCGCUUCUUUUUCUGUUUUUUCGCUGACGUCACCGCCGUCGUGACCUUUGUUCCGUCUGGCGAAACGUAGAAAAGGGUUCCAAUGCUUCCGUGAAGUGCCCGCUCUUCAUCGUUACCGUCAUCGCAUCGUCAGCGUUCUUUCUGCUCCUUAUGCAAGGUCGACGCUGCGCUAGUGAGCUGUCAAACUUUGAAGGGCUACUUCGAAGCCCGCAAGUUUGCGUCUCGGUGAGCGCCGGUGCGGCGGCGUAAAUCGUGCACAUUGCCUUUCCUCCUCUCCCCCUUAUCAGCCACGCGCUUUCUAUACCAAGCCGCCAGCGCGCGCUUCAGGAAGCGCAGCGCUCUGCAGUCCGGUCCGCCACCGCUCUUUCCCCAGUGCUGCGCGCUUCCCCUACGGAGUCUGAGUGCGGCGCUCAAGCCCUUCGACUUCGCCGACCACCGCGGCUCGCUGGGCCGGAGCGCGCCGCGUUGUGUGACACAUCGGCGCUCCCUCCUCCCGUCCUCCUCUUCCUCUUCCUCCGCGUGCUCUCUCCUCGGACCACUGAUGCACCCGGGAGGAGUAGUGGCGCGUCCCAGACGCGGUUCAGUCGGCGUACAGCGCACUCCUCCCAUAUAGGCUGCGAAGAACAACGCUUUCGGACACGUCGUCGCUGUGCCCUAUUGGAGUGAAGUUUUUUUUUUUUUUCUUGUGUGGUGUAGUGCCUUCUUUUUUUGUUCUCGUCACCUUAGUGAGUGAAAUAUAGGGAGAAAAAAAGUGUUACAAGUGAACGCGUUCUUCUGCGUGCAGUACCUCGCGUCAGAGUGCGUGCGGGUAAAACGUCUGUGUGUUUGUGAAGUGGUCGUAUUUUAGUCGUCGGACAAUCUGUCUCCUGUGAGUUUCCUUUUGAUUCUCUCUCUCUCUCUCCCUCCCCUCCUCGCCCCCACAUCCACUAUCGUUCUGUUGCACCCCUAUUCGUCGCGGGCUGAUUAGCGAGAGAACAAUCCCGCAACCGUGAUUCCUGCUUGCUUUAUCCAGCGUGCGAGUCAUUGCGGUAUUUCGUCUACCUCGUUGCUGGGUUGCCUGUAUCUCUACCUGCCGUUCGGUUUAUUGUCAAAUCUCGCGACACCUGCAUUAUCAAUGGCCUCCUGCUUGAUGGAGCGCUGACAGGGCUCUACGGCGUACAACACCGCCGCCAUGGCCCUUGCUGGCUUCACCGCUGUAUCGGCAACGUGUUCUCCGAGUCGGCCUUUUGUCUCCGACGACGCAGCUUGACAAGCGCGGAACGUACGUGUUGACACUUUCGCCUUGCUUAGCAUUUCUCUUAUAGUCUCAUAUUAUCACUUUAUUUUUACUCUUGUCGCCUUCUCGGCUUAUUCUCCGUGUACACUCUCCGUGGCCUUUAUUAUCACUUCGUGUUCACGUAUAGAGAGCUCGCGAAUUGUCCUUUCGUCAUCAUCACCUUCGUCGCUUCGAGUGCCCUGCGAGAGGCAAGGCUCGCUCGAUACGCUAUCACUUUCUUUUGUUUUCCUGAGGUGGGAACUAAGGUGGCUGUUUUAAUCUCACGCCCUCUCGUUCGUAGCCAUAAUCUUGAAACUAGCUCGACUUGUCUUCUGGAACUAAAGUUCGCAAGCGAGUCCUCUGUGUCGUGAAUCAGCAGAGAAAGAGUGAUCUGUGCUAUUUUCCAUAUAUAUUUGUCGGCGUGCCCCUCGAUUGUCAGCGAAAUCUUAUAAAGCCUGCCUCUAAUUCUGGCGACGACAACAAGAAACCUCGGAAAGUGGCUUGGUUUCUGGAAACUGUUCUUAGGCAGUCUUCUUUUGAAACCUACCAGAGUGCUACGUUUGUACGAAUUCUGUCGAUCACUAGUGCGUGCCAGCACACUUAGCUCGCAGGCCAGGUCGAACCGCUUAGACGAGCUUGACAGAUGAGAUCAUCCGUUGCCCUUUCGCUGGCGCUCUUCAAAGACCUCUCGGUGCGUGUAUGUUCCAAAGGUCGGAGACACUGUUUUUUUUUUUUUUUCUAGUAUCCUUCACCUCAAGCCUUUUCUGCCCUGCGCUGACGCAUUCGACUUGAAAGCGUCGAAACCUUAUUCUUCGUAGGCCUUGAGAUAUGGCCAGCUUUUUACUGGACGCGAUCGUUUCGUUUCGGCUGUCCGUGGACGGAGUGUCUUUAGCGUGCCCUUGUCCAUAAAGGUGGAUAAGCCUGUGGAAAAGUUUUGGUGGUGUUGCACUGGUUGAGUACCUACUUUUCCUCUAGAGCGUGAAAGGUGUCCUGGAUUGUGACUGAAUAACUUCAACAAACCCUGCUUAGGUGUUAUUGAAUCUCUGUAGCUUGUUUCGAAAGAUAUCGAUGCAUGGCAUGCGGCUCGCCUGCUAAACGAUUUCACUCUAGCGUGAGCUCUUAUCUAACCACGUUUGAGAACAUUGCUGAGCCUCUAGCGAGUUCCUGCCAGGUUUGCAACACAUAAUCGCCUUGCACUUCAAGGAAUCAUCACUACGUUGUCGAAUGUGUGACUGUUGUUUCCUUUCGAGGAACCUUACUUUUGUAGUCAGUGGUUCAGGUUAUCCAUUUCUCUCGGCACUUUCCAGCCUGCAUUGAGUGUCUUGUAGUUCCCACUUGUCGAAUCGAAGCCUGUCUUGAAGGCACACGGUAGGUCCACUGGCUUGCUCGCCUUCUCAUUGGGUAGCGUGGUCACGUGCGACGUAAGCUGACCUUUUUCGCCGGGAAGUAUCUGACUGCAAGUUUCCUUUAACGCCGUCUGGCCAGACAGGAUCAACGGCUUGCCGUUCCCUGCGCUAUAAGCGGUGAAGGAUUGAUUGACGUUUUCUGUAACUUUCCGGCUGUGACAGCUUACUCCUCCUCGCUUCCGAAUUGGGGCCCCGAGCCAUUUUCGCCCGCUUCGUCGUCUCGCUUUACUGGCAAACCUCUCGUGUUUGCCUGGGCGAAACGUGAUCGCCCACGGCUUUGUUGGCGUGCUUGCUUGCACGUCGGCGAAAUUGCCGGUUCCGUCAACACACAGCUAGCGUUUGUCGCUGCUGCUGUUUCUCUGUGCGACGCCGUGCUCGAGCGUACCAAAGUCCGCGGCUGUAGGCUAAUCCGUUACGUGCUCUAAGCGCUGCUGCUUGGCUUUCUCGGUGGCAUCGAAGCGCCGUUGACACAGGGGAUCAACGCACCCUCGGCGUCGCCGCCGCCGCAGCCCCGCUAAGCGCGCCGGCCUCGCCCACAUCUUGGAACGGUUUCAACGGCUGCCGCGUUACGCGCCAGCGGUGGCUCGUUCGCCGUAUAGCAUAGCUUCACGCACGUGCCGUUAAUGCCCUUGUUGGCUUCGGCAACAAAGUGUGGUAAACUUUUCUUUCUUUGCCUUGAUUUACGGGAGAAGCAUCAGCAGGCAACUGGCAAUCGCGCAUUCUUCGUGGGGUGAGGCUUCUGAACAGGGAGGAUAGCCAACGCUCCCCGCCCACGUUUCUUUCGACGCAUGCUUCAUUGCCUAUUUGUGUUUUCUUUCGUGUUGCUCGUUGGCCUAAUUGUCUCCGCUCGUUGUAUCUCGCUCGCCGUGUCACUUGAGUGCGCUACGUCGUCUUGCCGCUACUGAGUUGCGGUACGUAGCGUCUCGCGAGGAGCGGAGUUGGUGGUCGUUUGUUGACACCGCGCUCUAUGAAUCUCCCUUCCCUCCACCGUAGCUCUUGUUAUCUCUUCCGGAUGCUCGUAUAACACUUCCUUCGCUCGGCCCGCCCCGUCCGGAGGCGUUGUUGUUGGGAUCGUGGUUUCUGUAGCGGUCGUUCUCCUGUGCGGCUGUUCGGCACCCCGCGCCUCCUCUUGUUCACUGCUCCUGCACGGUACAGCCAGUUUAUCCAUUCUUUCUCGAUGGCUUAGUCUUUCUCUUGAGAAAACGUUACGCAGCCCCGGGUUCUUUCGUUUGAUGCCUUGGUUCUCUCUUUGCAGGCUGACUGAUAUCGCACUGUGUGGAGUGUCACAGCAAACUUGUCAGCGCUCACCUCAUACGCGUAGAGCAACGAAGGCGCGCUUUAUACUGGAGUGAUCUCACCUCGCCCGACGUCUUCGGCUUGAAACCGAAGAGAGCGUCUUCUUUCGCGCAAGGAAAGCGGUGUUUCUUUUCUUUUUUUUAUCCGCCGGGGUUUCAGACGUUCAAAGAAUAUGACUUAGUUGCGGUACUCAACCUCAAGUUGUUGACGGACUGCUGGAGGCGCCGCCGGUUGGACCGGUCUUCCUCAGAAGUGCAUUGAGAGCUGUCCAAGUUGGAUGAAAGCUGUGCGAAUUCUCGUGCGUCGACAGGCGCUCUCGCUUGAGCCGUAACAUGUCAGUAUGCAUUAAGAACCGCAUGCUUGACGCUGUGCCGUUGUUACUUCGUUUUAGUUGUGGAACGGAACCCGCAGUUUCCCACACUGCAAUCCGUUUGCUUGCGACAGCGUGAUUGAUAGAGCACAGACGUUCCACCGGUCUGAGCAGAAACAGCGAGGUGGAAAUAGCGGGAGAAGAAACUGUUCGGCUCGACUCCGAGAUGUGCUACCGGUUGUCGACGUCCUACCCUUCGCUGCUUCCUCUCAACAGCGUGACGGACUAGUCGUGCUCUUUCCCAGUUUUCUCUCGCCUGCACGGCGUUUAUCUAACCGCCAGCGUGCCACCAUCUUGCGUAGUUGACCAGCUACGAGUGCCCCGUCGUCUAUCGUCCGUGUGCCUCUGCGUCGCCGAAGACCUCCUGCUUCGAGCUUCGCUUCGUGGUCGUCGUGCAGUGUUCCUCAUGCCGUGCUCGUCCCGGUUCUGAGAAGUGCGCGCGAUUAUCCCCGUGAAAGGCGGAACAAAGAGAAAAGGAUAAGCGGAUACGGCGGAAGUGGACGAUGCUGCGGCCGCCGGAAGUGCGCUUCGAGCCGGAUCCGUACGAGCCCCCCGCUCCACCGCCCGGGGCUGAGCGCGAGGGCGCCUGCAAGUCGGCCAGCACGAGGCGGACGGCGCCGACGCCGUUGUUCCUCAACGUCCCUGGUCAGGCGUCGGCUCCUAGACGACGCCACUCAUGGAUAUGCGGUUUCGACCUGGAAGAUGGGCCGGGCGGUCCCGGUGGCGGCCGAGCGCUGCUCGAGGCCUCGAGUCCCUCAGGCGCGGGCCUGGUGCUCAGCAACUUCCCGCCCCAGCGGAGGGAGUCCUUCCUCUACCGCUCCGACUCCGAGUUCGAGAUGUCGCCAAAGUCCGUCUCGCGACACUCGUCCAUCGGCAGCGAGGCGACAAGCGCCGUGGCUCCUCAGACCAGCGUGUUCGCUAGCUCCCUCCAAAGGCAUGGUGAAGACCAGAUCGUGACCCCGUUUGCUCAAAUAUUAGCCUCACUACGUAGCGUGCUGAACAACAUUAAGCAUCUCACCAAGGACGUCCCACCCACAAUGAAGGUACCAUCCGGUUCACCUGGCACAAACACAAGCGGAUCUUCUCUAUCAGAGGAGGAGUACAGCCAGAUGGCGUCGUCCACUGUGAAAGAGCUCGAGUGGUGCCUCGAGCAGCUGGAGACGAUACAGUCUCACAGAUCUGUAGGAGACAUGGCGUCGAGCAAAUUCAAGCGUAUGCUCAACAAGGAGUUGAGCCACUUUUCGGAGUCAAAGUCGGGGAGCCAGAUAUCCGAGUACAUCUGCAAUACAUUCUUGGACAAGGUCCAGGACCUAGACCUGCAGGUUUUGCGGCCCGAAGAAUGCGGCGGCACGGUCGCCGUGACCGGCGUGGUGGGCACGCCAGUGGCUCCCGGGGUCCCUGGCAGCGGCGGCGGCGGCGGCGGCGGCGGAAAGACGCGCCAGCACCGGCCAUCCGACGCCAUGUCCCAGAUCUCGGGCAUCCGGCGCUCCUUGCACCACACCAACAGCCUCACCACGCUGCCCAAGUACGGCGUCGAGACGCCCCGCGAGCAGGAACUCGGACUCGUCCUCCAGGAUCUCGACCGUUGGGGCUGCAACAUCUUCAAGGUGGCUGAGUACUCGGGAGGCAAGCCGCUCACCGCCGUUACCUACACCAUAUUCAAGGAUCGUGACCUGCUCAAGACGUUCGACAUUUCGUCCAAAAAAUUCCUGACCUUCCUGAUGACGCUGGAAGACCACUACCUGAAGGUUCCGUACCACAACAGCAGUCAUGCGGCGGACGUCACGCAGUCUGUCCACGUGCUGCUGCUGUCGCCCGCGCUCGACACCGUGUUCACAGACCUCGAGACUCUAGCGGCGCUCUUUGCCGGAGCCAUCCACGAUGUCGACCACCCGGGCGUCACCAACCAGUACCUCAUCAACACCAGUUCUGAGCUUGCCAUUAUGUACAACGACGAGUCGGUGCUGGAGAACCACUCUCUGGCCGUCUCGUUCAAGCUGCUCCAGGACGAGACGUGCAACAUCUUCGAGAACCUCACGAAAAAACAACGGCUCACGCUGCGGAAGAUGGUCAUCGACAUGGUCCUCGCCACAGACAUGUCCAAACACAUGAGCCUGCUCGCCGAUCUCAAGACCAUGGUUGAGACCAAGAAGGUCGCCGGCUCUGGGGUUCUCCUUCUCGAUAACUACACCGAAAGGAUACAGGUGUUGCAGAACAUGAUUCACUGCGCCGACCUGAGCAACCCGACCAAGCCGCUUGAGCUGUACAGGACGUGGGUGGACUUGGUCAUGUCCGAGUUCUUCAUGCAAGGUGACAAGGAGCGCGCCGAGAACCUCGACAUCAGUCCCAUGUGCGACCGGCAUACGGCCACCAUCGAGAAAACACAGGUGGGCUUCAUCGACUACAUCGCGCACCCGCUCUGGGAGACCUGGGCCGACCUGGUGCACCCGGAUGCCCAGGAGAUCCUGGACCGGCUGGAGGAGAACCGCGACUGGUACCAGAACAUGAUCCCCAUCAGCCCGACGUCCAGCGUGCCCGAUAUCGCACCCGGCGACGGCAGCGGCGGUGACGAAGAAGGUGCCGCCGACGACGAUGCCAAGGGCGGUUCCGCGGACAAGAUCAAGUUCCAGAUCACCAUCGAGGAGCCCGAGGACGACGACAACUGCAUCCGCGAGGAGAGUCCCACGUCGUCGGACGGCUAGCAGCCGGCGACUCCUGCACCUCAAGACGCCCGCACGACGGCGUGCUCUGGACUUCUACUGGAUCGCCCCCCGCUUCCGCCACAGCCGACGUCUCCGUCGCCAAUGACGGCGACGAAGCCGACGGCUACGACGAAGAAUGCGUCGGCAGCAGGGCGAGCCGCAGCGAGCUUGCUAGGCCGGUUCCGGGCCUGCUGCGUCGCCACCCUUAACUUAUUGAGUCGCUGGUGCGGCGGCGCCCGAAGGCGCAGGACUUCGACCGAGGGCGUCGCGUCGGACCGCGACCUCGCCACCUCAUCUCUGCUGCUUAACUGCGGCCCUGACUCUUAGAAAGGGACAGAAAAAAAAGUCCGCCGCCUCCCCGCCCUUUCGCACGUUCUCGCCAUCCCCCCCACCGGGGGUCCCCGUUACUCGGAGUCGUCGUACGCAUAUAAGUACGCAGUGCUCUCCUCGGAGGCGACGACUUCGAGAGCGGCGUGUUUGUGUGACUGUGUGUGUACCGAGCCGUGUGUGUGGUGCGUCGCUGCCGUGGCAAACAGAGCCCUGCUGAAGCCGUGACUUACGGAACCGCGCCGCAACGUGGUUCUUGUGUGCACCGUCUCGGACGCUGCAGCUGUCGCUCUGUGCCGUCAGGUCUGUUGCCCGCUCGCAUUUCACUGUUCCGUGCACCUUUGAUGAGCAAGCAAGCACGAACGCUGGAUCUCAGUGUACCAUGCGAACCAAAUACAAGGCGGGUGGGACCUUAAGGCGUGAGCAUCUGUAUACAAGCCAAGUGUGCCGCCGUUGCCGUCCGAACAUGCUUUUUUUGUCCCCUCUGGCUUUCUCUCUUUCCGGCGAUGGAUUUGAAGCCCUCGUCUUGUCAAACAGCGCCUGAUCUUCUAGCUUCUCCUUGUGCUCGCUUCUAUUCUCUUCUUCCUCCGCACACGCGAAUUGCCGUUCGUGUGAGCGCCCCCUAUCGCGAGCAUGCGAAAAGCAGUGCAUCUAGUCAACAAACAGCAACAACAGCGCCCCCUGGACUUGGCAUCGCACACGUUGUCUAUGCCGCGCCCACUGUGAACACGACACCUUACUUUUGUGUGUGUAUGUGUGUGUGUGUGUGUAUGAAAGCCCCACCAACAGUAUGACGGACAUGCAGAAAAGAGGACACGGCGACGCUCUUUCGACUAGCCGAGUUUUUAUUCGCCCCGCACGGUGGCUCUCGGCAGUUGUCGUGAUGCAGUGUCCGCAACGCGUGGAGCCGCCGUGACGUGGACGCGGUGAUGAACUGAGUGCGGACCUAUGUCGCACGAACACACACACGUAAGGAUGCACACACGAGCUCCGGGACUCGACCGUGGAACGUUGUGUCUCAUCUUUCACUCUAUCCCUGCAGCGGGGGAGAACGGUAGGGAGGCGAGGUCGGUAGUCGGGUCGUUCAGCGGUUACAUAUACUUAAUACUCGCGGCUGCUCUUAGAAACCAAGGCAGCUGAAAAAGAUAAACACAUAUACAUACGCGGACUCCGCCCCAUGUCGCGGACGACAAGAGGUGACGCGCGUGUUUGUGUGUGUGUGUCGUUGUACGUCACCGCCGCCGCUGUAUUUAACCUCGACGAGUGCGAGCAAUACAUUGUACGUGCGCAUAAGCGGCAAGACAGACGGGACACUCGCUUCUGACUUCUAGUUAUAGAAGGGUUAUACGGACACACACUCAUACGAAAGGACACUGGGUUGUUGAAAUGAUGCAUUUUUGGAGAGAGUGUGAUGAGGCAGAGAUAGUGUGUAAGUACGACGACGCGUUAGAACGGAGGAAGGAAAGAAAAAUGAGGGGAAAAUGAUAGUGACAUAUUUCAUUCUUUCCAGCAAACCAACUCGCCCCACCCAGACUCGUGGAACACUCGUUGUGUGAAGUUUUCACUCCAUAGAUACACGCUAUCUCCUCUUUGCUUGUUAUGUGCGGAGAGCGUGUGGACAAGUCUUGUGCGAGAGAUGUAGAAAACGACGCGUUGCAGAUCACUUAUAUAUAUAGAAGAAAAAACAAAACUGUUGACAAGUGGGUGGGGAAAUUUUACUCGUUGUAACCGGGGCUGAAUUCAUUACCUGGAAUGGCUUUUACUGUUUUCGUUUCGUCGCCGACGCUCUCUUACAGAAAGCGUUCGCGGUGGGACGUCUUUAUUAACUUGACGAAUUAACCGACUACUCCGUCAUCAUAACCGGUAUCGUUAUACGUGUGUAUAAGUGCUCUGCACUGCAAAAACUAAACAAGGUUCAUAGAAGGAGGCGGGUGUGGAGAAAAAAAAAGUACGAGAGUGUAUGCAAUUAUGCACUUUCCUCCUAAAGGUUGUGGUUAGACUCUUCUUUAGGAAUCGUAGGGAAGCUGCUUUGUUUGUUACCUUUUUUUGCUGAGUGUUAAAGGCAAGGCUAUGAGUUGGAGCCUCAGGAUCCAUGUGCACAUUGUUGUAUAGGAGAGCAUCACGAUGCCCGUUAGUAAACAGAAAUAAGCUAAGAGUUGUGUUUGACGCUUAUGUUUUACUCUCUUUUGUCUUUUUUUUUCCCGAUACAAGACGUCUGUUUCGGGCUUCGAGUUCAAAUGUGAAGACACAUGCAGAAGCACGCGUUAGUCAUUGAGGAAAACCCUUGUUUAGAUCUCCCGUGUCGUCUCAGCAAUUUCUGCACCGUGAAUGAAAGUAGAAAAAAAAACGAAACUCGGCAUUACGAAUUUCGCUGUUGCAGAUAUUACAAGGUAUUAUCGUAAAUGGUGUAUGUUAAUGCCAACGCGGAGCGACAUGCGCUGAAGGGUGCAAUAUUUCGCGCCGAUGAGAGGAAGUUCGUCAUACUGUACAGUCUGCGAUCCGGCUACUUUUUCGGCAACUUGUAUCGGAGCUUUGGAAGGGAUCUUCACUUAUUCUCUAAUACAGUCAACUCUGGCAUAACGUGCAUGCGACAUCGUUGCCUAUUACCUACGUUCCACGGCGUAGUCGGGUGUCGCAUCGCUAUCGCUGACAUCCUGUGAUAUUCGCCAUUACAAAGCGCAGCUGUUACUCGGCAUUACGUUGUUAAGGAACAACGUAGCUGAGGACAUUUUUGCCAGGAUGUCAGCGUGGAACUGUUGCAUGCCGCAGUGGCAAUUUCGAAGUGUUAUUUGGUCGUGCUCAGCUUCGCAACAUGUCACAGGCGCUACAACUCAUUGCUACGUUUGGCUACGACAUUGAACGGGUAACAGAUAGUGUGCAUACCUGAAGGUUAAAAUGGUGGUGUGAUUGUCCGAACACCAAAUAUACUCUCGCAUCCAUGGAGGAAGGAAAAUAUAGGAGGGAGCAUACCGCAACGCGAUUGUCGCCGACUGUGGUGGCCCAACACGUGAUGAAAACAUCACAGCACGGAGGAAACGUCAGAGCGCGCGGUAGGUUUUAGUACUCCCGGUGGUUUCUUUUUUUUUUUCGUUACCCAUUCGAAACCAUCAGAAACUCUUGAAAUAAACAAACACAAAAACAAAGAAAAAAAAACAAAACAAGGGAAAAUCUUGUCGCUUCCUGCAUGUGUGCAGCUGUCGGCCAAGCGCGCACCGAAUAAAAACUACCAGUAACCAAACAUCUCGGCAAAUCUCGGAUUCUCCCUAAUCUCGACGCAAGAUGUCACGUGUUGGGCCACCACUGCUGGCUACACGAAGCGUUCGCUUGCCAAGGCUGGCUGCGUGACGUAAUGCUCCCUCCUAUAUUUUUCUUCCUCCAUGCUCGCAUCUCGCCUUUCCUGAAUGCUCCCGAAGGGAGACAUUUCACUCAGGAGACAUUUCAUUUCAAUGAAAUAGCACUAAAUGGAAAACGACCCUGAAAACUCUCCCCAAAGUGUCAAAACUGUAAACAUUACACCCUUCAGCGCCGCACUGUUAAGGGUGCGUCGUGCGCUCCCGUUUUCGGCAGAAUAAUGGACGCCAUGUUGCUCGGUUACAACCAGCCCUUCUUCACAGUCCCAUUCAGGUUUUUAUUGCCUUUUGCUAAUCAUCUUUUAGUGUGUGUUAGUAUGUCACAUGUACUAACAACAGCAAUGCCUCUCCACCCUUUGUUAUUAAUACUUUGCAAGUUUCCGUUGUAUGUGAACUAGUCUUCUCCGACUGACUAAAAGAAAGUGCUAAAAACAAUUUCAAAAAAGUUACGAAAUGUCUUGCGGUGUGCGUGGAACGCAUGCGCAGGUCGUCGGCCAAUCCCGAUUUUUUCUGCCGAGCACGCAUUUUGACCUUGCCCCCUCCACAUUACUAAACCUCCCCUGUACACCCGAUGGAUGUUGGCUUUCCGGGUGAGUUCCUAGAAUUAGCAUUAUGAUCACACUGUCUUAAUAAAAACAAAUGGAAGAAACCUGC